AUGCAGCCGCAUCUACAUCCUCCAGAACCACCAUUUCCCUCCCUUACAGUCGAACUCGUCGAGCUCAUAGCCGGCCAUCUAGAAAGCGAUGGCUUACUAGAACUCCGCUUGACAUGUCGCGACCUGCAGAAGAAGACAUUCCACCACUUCGCGCGCCGUUUCUUCUCGUCUAUCAAAACAGAUCUCUCCGCAGAGAGCCUCGGUCGCAUCGAUGCCCUUUCGGGACAUGAUGAACUGCGUCCUUACGUCCACGGCUUGGCCUUUAUGCUUCAGAACGGCGUUGGACGCGGCUUAGUCUGGGAUCGACAUCCUUGGGGCCCCCUAUCAGCACCGCUAGAGAUCGAAGCGAUCGCACGACUGCGCGACAAUCUAGUCAGCAGAUUUACAAAUUGCCGCUCAUUUUUCAUUUUCUGUCGAUAUCCAGAAGGGCAUCCGGAUAUGAACCGGGUCACCAUUUCGGACGCGGUCGCGGUGUUCUUUGCGCUGGUGGUUGAUGCGCAAUUACCAGUGAUGUCCUUCCAUUUGAUCUAUGCGAAUAAAUACUCUCGCACGUUGGUUAUGGAUAUGCGGCGCAUUCCGAAGCUUUUAUAUCGACAGCCCGAGUUCAAGGUGGUCUGGUCGAAUUUGCGGAAACUGUCGCUGGAGCAGUACCUUACUCUCGAUAAUUUUGGGUUCCUGCUUGAACUUGUGCUCAGUGCUCCGAAUCUCCAGACACUACUGUUGAAUCUUGGUUCGCAUGAUCUGGCAAGUGAAUUUAUGCAUGAAUUAGCGGAGACGGCUUCGUUCCCGCACUUGCAGGAACUGGCACUAUUCAGGACUUUGGUGCAGGUGCCGGACUUGAAGAAACUACUUCACGGUCUACGCGGGAAUUUGACUACGCUGACGCUUUAUCAUGUCUCUCUGAGUCCGGAUGAAGAUUGCAUGUCUGUGCUGAAAGAGUUGAGUCAGAGCUUUGGAUCGCUGCAGACUAUCUCGUUGUAUUAUUUGUGGGCUACUUCGCCGACGAAGGAGUUGCUAUCGUUUCCGGAUAUUCAUAAAGCGCCGGAGUUGUGUGAUACACCGAAGCAGAGACUCCAUCUGCUUUAUUCGGAGAAUUCGCAGAGUCCUACAGUACUGGGGAUUGAGUACUCGGGACCUAAGAUGGAGCAUGUCUUGAGGUUGUUACAAGCCGCUGUAUGA